CUUAAAGUACAUAUGAAUUGUUAACAAUUCGACAUUCUCCCCAAAUUAUUGUUGUAUAAUGGACAAAGAUGAACGCGUCUACUGGCACCUUCGGUCCCUGUACAACGAGAAAGUGCCAUGCCUACCACCAACAAACGUGUCAGAGCCACUCACGGCGCGCAACCUUUUUCAACUGUAUAUUAACACCUUUAUUGGAGCCAAUCUGGCUGAGUCGUGCGUGUACCCACUUGAUGUGGCCAAGACCCGAAUGCAGGUGGAUGGCGAACAGGCUAAAAAGACGGGCGCCAAAAUGCCAACGUUCCGAGCAACACUCAGUAACAUGAUCAAAGUGGAGGGCUUUAAGUCGCUCUAUGCCGGCUUCUCGGCGAUGGUGGCCCGGAACCUGAUUUUCAACUCGCUGCGCGUCGUUCUCUACGACGUCUUCCGGCGUCCGUUUCUGCGCGUAAACGAACAAAACCAAGAAAUUCUCAAAAUCCACUUGUCGCUGGGAUGCAGCUUCGCAGCAGGCUGCAUAGCUCAAGCUCUGGCCAAUCCCUUCGACAUCGUCAAGGUGCGAAUGCAGACGGAGGGCCGCCGCCGGCAGUUGGGCUACGAUGCACGGGUGAACAGCAUGGUGCAGGCCUUCGUGGACAUCUACAAGCAUGGCGGACUUCCCAGCAUGUGGAAGGGCGUGGUGCCCAGCUGCAUGCGCGCCUGCCUGAUGACGUCCGGUGACGUGGGCAGCUAUGACCUGAGCAAGCGAACCUUCAAGCGUCUGCUGAGCCUGGAGGAUGGCCUGACUCUGCGUUUCCUUUCAUCCAUGUGCGCUGGGUUCAUGGCUUCCGUGCUGAGUUGUCCGGCGGACGUAGUCAAGUCGCGGAUGAUGAACCAGCCCGUGGACGCAAGUGGGAAGAACCUCUAUUACAAGAACUCCCUCGAUUGUUUCAGAAAGUUGGUCAAGGAAGAGGGCGCCUUUAUUUUGUACAAAGGUUUGAUGCCCACUUGGUUUCGCCUCGGGCCCUUCUCAGUGCUCUUUUGGCUGUCCGUCGAACAGCUGCGGCAGUGGGAAGGCCAGUCUGGGUUUUAAGGGCAAAAUGUUGAUGUCUAUAUUGUGCUUGAUGUAUUUGUCUUCUAACACAUAAUAUUUUAUUUUAUAUGUAUAUAUACGUAUUUCUAAUAUU